UUAUUUUAAUUCAUUGUCCGGUGGAGUAGACGGGUUCGUGUUUCGGUGUAGGCACUGGCGAGGGAGGAAGUGAAUAAUUUAAAUGUCUCAGAUAGCGAGAAGAGACGGAAGGACGCGUCAGGGGGUAUUUUUUUGACACCGGGAGUUUUUUUGUUCAUUUUGUCCUGUCAGUUCUCAGUCGUGCCUUUGUUUACUAACGCUCAGUGCUUUCUAAAGUAGAGAGAGAGAGACGUUACGUGACAUUUCCAUUAACGCAGACUGUGAGGUGUAUUAAUUAGCAUGCUUGUUUGUUUAGAAGAUAACCGGUUGUGGUGCUUUAUCAGACAGAAACUUAGGUUUGUGUGAACAAAGAAGGUUAACGGUGUCCAUCUUCUGGGAAAAAACCGGAAUAACUCGUAAAAAAAACGCUGCUUGGUUCCUUUUACGAGUCGAGCGGAUGGCAAGAUGGCAACAACAAUAACAACAACAACAGCAGCAGCAAAAGGACUGACCACUGAAGAGACAGACACAACAAACAGCGCCACAUUAUCUACAAUGGCAGCAUCUUUAGCUCUAAACAACAGGGUUUACUCUCUGGACGACUUCGAUACAGUGGCCACCGUCGGCACAGGGACGUUUGGAAGGGUUUUUCUGGUCAAGGACAAAAAGACGAGGGGUUUCUUUGCCCUGAAAGCCAUGAAGAUCCCAGACGUCAUCCGAUUAAAACAAGAGCAGCACGUUCAUAACGAGAAGGAGGUUCUGACGGAGGUGAAUCAUCCCUUCCUCAUCAGACUGUUUUGGACGCACCAUGACGAGCGCUUCCUGUACAUGCUAAUGGACUACGUGCCAGGCGGCGAGCUGUUCAGCUACCUGCGCAACCGCGGCCGCUUCAGCAACAGCACGGGACUCUUCUACUCAGCAGAGAUAGUGUGUGCCAUCGAGUACCUGCACUCCAAAGAGAUCGUCUACAGGGACCUGAAGCCUGAGAACAUCCUGCUGGACAGAGAAGGCCACAUCCGCCUCACCGACUUCGGCUUUGCGAAGAAACUUUCCGAUCGGACGUGGACUCUGUGCGGCACUCCUGAGUAUUUAGCUCCAGAGGUGAUCCAGAGUAAAGGUCAUGGCCGGGCAGUGGACUGGUGGGCUCUGGGGGUUCUCAUUUUCGAAAUGCUUGCUGGGUACCCGCCAUUUUUUGACGAUAAUCCCUUUGGCAUCUAUCAGAAGAUCCUGGCGGGAAAGCUGGAGUUUCCACGGCAUCUGGAUUUCUACGUAAAGGAUCUCAUCAAGAAGUUUCUGGUGAUUGACCGAGCAAGAAGACUUGGGAACAUGAAGAAUGGAGCAGAAGAUGUGAAAAAGCACAGGUGGUUCAAGACUAUAGACUGGGAUGCUGUGCCCAAUAGAAAACUAAAGCCCCCCAUAGUUCCUAAGGUAUCUCACGAAGGCGACACGUCUAACUUUGAAGCCUACCCUGAGGACGAGUGGAAAAAAGAAACCCCAGUGUCACCAAAAGAUCUAGAGAUUUUCAAGAACUUUUGAAAAUGGAAAAAGAGGGAACAAAGUUUCCCUCCGCUGGUGCAAUGCGUCCAUUCCAAUGCCGGUGGAAUUCCAAUGCCGGUGGCCAGCCUCAGCCUGCUCUUCUGUCACAUCCUGAUUGACAACAUAGAGAACGAUUGGCCAUCAUGUUUACUAUCACCAUCAUCCUCAAGAUCAAGUGUAGAGAGAAGGAAGCGCUAUUUAUUUCUGUUUCUCUGAGCCUACUUUUCUUAUGCAAAAAAAAACAAAAAAAACACCAAAACAGAGGUGUCUAAGCCAAGAACACACUAGAAGCCAGUAGUCCGAUACAGUUUACAGUUUAAGCUAUCGGAAACAAUGCAUUUCGGACAUGUUCGUUGUGUGGCUAUGAAGUCAUGUGAAAUGGAAAACCAGAGAACCCAAAGUGUUACACUUUUAAUGUUAUUUUCAAUCUAGAUGUCGGAUGGUUUAUUAUACAUCCAGCUUUGCUCUUAUUUAAAGGUUUUUAUCAUAAACUACAAGUAAUACGACAAACAUGAUGUCUUAUAGUAGGGAUGCAUCAAUACGAUUUUUGUUUUUCAGACCAAAUACAAGUACAUGUUUUUAGUGCUUGUUGAUACCGAUACUGAUACCGAAAUGAGUAACCUACAUAGUAUUAAUCCAGACGCCACAGAACCUUUUAUUUAGCUCUAUUUCAUUUUCCCUGGAUUAAAUAGUGUCCAAGAAAAGUGCACAAGUGCAUGUCCAUGCCCUUACGCUAUGAGCCUCGUUUUUUAUGAGUGAGUUCAUUUUAUAAGAAGUGCAUUAGCUAGCUACAAUAGUUACCUCGGAUCGUAGGGUUGCAGCGUAGAGCAGGUUUUGUUUCCCGUCGGAAAUACACUUCCCUAAAGAGGUAAGUAAAGUAGGUAAUCCCUUGUUGCCGAGGACCGAUAGUGGCUGAUUGUCAAGAAACAAUACGCUGGAGAAAAGCUGAAAUUUUCGCUCUGCUUGCGUGUGUUUUAUGUGUUUUGUAGGAGGAUGCUGUAGUUCCUCCUGUUGAUGUUUUUGCAGAGCACAUUUUGCCAUCAUUAUUCAUAAUGUAUAUUCAUAUUAUUCAUAUACAUUAAGAUCACUGUCAUUUUGUGUCGUCUGUUCAUUAAUUCAACAACAUAGACUAGGCCUAUGUCACAUAGUAUCACCCAGUAUUGGAUGUUGGUAUUGGCAUUUUUUAUGAGGUUUUUAUGAGUAAAUGAGCACAGUAUCUUACUGAUAUCAGUAAUUGUAUUGAUGCAUCCCUAUCAUAAUCUCUACCAAAUUUUGGUCAAAAAUUGACUGUUUUAAUUGUUAAUGUAUUAUGGUGCUUUUUGACUUUUAACUGGUAGGUUUUGUUUAUGUUAAGGUUUUGCUGCACCCUCAGAAAUACGGUGUCCUCAUGUUCCUCUUAUGAAUUUGUGUCCUCGUUAUCUCUUGUAAAUGAGUGCAUGUACGUAACUAAACUUUUAGCACUUGCCUAAGGUGGCCUUAUAUUAGGAUGUGUAAAUUGAAAUGUAGUUUUUUUUUUUGUUUUUUUUUUUUUUUUAGAACAAAAAAAAAAACAAAAACAAAUGGUACUAGUGUGUUUGAAGCAACUGGUGCAGUCAAAUCACUUUUUACUCUGGAAUAUAAAAACACUGUAUAGAGACGUGAGAUUUAAGUUUACUGUUAAAUUAGUAGCUAGUGUGUGUAUGUGUCUAAAUCAAGUUCUUCCUCCUCUUCUUCUUCUUCUUCUUUUUCUUGACCGUGAGGACUUUCAUGAGUGAACAAAUUCACAUCUUCUACAGAGGUUGCACGACUACUAAUUUUUACUAGUUGAACAGUAGGUCAAAAAAGGAAUCAACAAUUCGUCUAGUCCAUAGUUAAAGCAAAAAACGUUUACGUCAUUAUUUAUAGGUUGUUUGAUUUGUGCAGUAAAGGAAUGAAUCAACAAAUUACAAGUGACAAACUACAUUUCAGCUUUAUUGCUGUCUUAGGCUACACUGUUAAUGAUGAAAGUGAAUAAAUCAGUGCAAUAAAUGGGCAAAAGAGUAAAUCUGUGUAUAAUAUUUCAGUAUUUAAGGACAUACCAGUUCUUAAAAUGUACGAGAUGGUGGCUCAGCUGAAAUCGUUGAUUUGAAAUCGUUGUACAUGCAGCAUGGUACAGAAACUCCUUACAGCUUAAUGAUGGCAGGAGGAUAUGAUGUCUACAGCAGCCUCAGCAGCAUCCAAAAGUAAGUCUCUUUGAGCUGGGAUUCACUGCCGAUCUGACUAUACUCUAGCUGAGGUGGUUAGGUAGUGAUGUGCAACCCAUGGCUCAGAAAGGAAAAAAGAGUUAACACUCCAUUAAUUAAAGCAAAAGAAAAAAAACGUUUCCCAAUGUAGUGUGCAUUUGGCUGUAGAUUUGUACAUUUAUGUACAUUUAUCUGGCAUCUCCUUACCGUUUGCCUCUCUGUGUUUUUGUUUGAAUUAUUAUUAUUUUUUAAUAAUUAUUAUUUCCAUUGCCCCAACUAGUAACACUCCCACUGUGGCAACUAGUGAAUAUACUAGCUAACUAGUCUAUGCAACACAUAGUUCAUUACCAGUCAAAAGUUUGGACAAGACUGUUUUAUAUUUUAAAUUCGUAGAAAUAUUCCUAAUGAAGCUUUACACACUCGUGACAUCUUCCGAACCAGCUUCAUGAGGAGUUUCACCCAGGAGACUUUUCUUAAAAGUUCCCAAAUAGUCAGAGCUCCUUCCUGCUUAAAAUGAAAACUACUUGUUUGGGAAAAUAUUUAAAUUUAAAUCAAAUUUAAAAUAAGUUAAAGCUACUUAUUAAAAAAUACAUUUGAUUCAAACAUACAUUUAUGCAUGUGCUAACUAAGCAGAAACAAAUUUCAAGCAAAAUGCCUUAAACACUGCUGUAAAAAUAUUUAUUCAAUCUACUGUGUCCUAAUGUUUGACUGGUAGUGUGUACUGUGUAUAUUCAUCAUUAAACUAGACUACAGUGAGGGGGAAAAAUAUACACAGGAUAAAUCACUGAACAUGACAGCUGGAUCUUCCACUACAUAUCAACCUAAUCCACUGCAAGAAGGUUCGACAGUCAUAGCUAUGGCAACUCGAAAAUAUUAUGCCCAACUCUCUGAAAGGAAAAAAAACCCUGAUUGUUGCAUAAAAUCCCCAAGUGUGGAGCUUUUAGCUCUCUGAGAGUUACCUAGUGUUGUUUAUUUAAAAAAAAAAAAAAACAUAUGACCUCUGUAUUUUAAUAUUCAGCAACUUUUUUAAUGUUUCCUCAGUGUAGAAAUAGGAAGCAAAACUAUGUACAUAUUUGGUUGCACAUGUGAAUGAAUCUGUAAUACUACUACACUGUCUCUUGCAUGUCUUAGUCAAUGUUGCUGAUUUUUUUUUUUUUUUUUUUUUUUUUUUUAUAAACGAUCUACCAUUCUCAGUUUUUUACCUCUUGAUGUCUUUUGCUACAGUGAAAACUCUAGCAAUAUUUAAGCUCUAUGAACUUAAAUAUUGCUUUAAAUGAAACAUAGGAAAUUUUUAUACUGAUUUUAAUGCUGACUUUUUUUUGUUCUUUAGUCGGUCUAUAUUUGGUUGCUUUUUUCCCAAACAGUGUAUUUAAAGUGGUGCAAAAGCAGUGUUACCUGCUGUUUACGAGAGCUAAAAACCAGAAAAGAAUAAACCUUUCAUGUUGGACAGUC